UGUGGCAAAAUCUGUUUUGCAAAUAAAAAACAUCAACAGCUAAUAAAGAGUCAACUUGACGCCAGAUUUUGUUGCUGCUGAGCUUUUUGCCAUACGAUUAUGACGGCAAAGACCACUUCAAAUGCAAAAAUAGAAAUCAAUAAAAGAAUCGAUUUACACGAAAAAGAAAAAAUUGAAUUAAUUGAACCCACCACGGGUAAAUUAUAUUUUGAACAUAAAACGGAGUUGAUCUUCUGUAAACCCCAUUUGAUGCCCUUGAAAUCUCAAGCGCUGGAGCGUUUGGAAGAAAUGCAACGUGAUACCGCAAAACAAUUGCAAGAAAAACGUUUACGGGGCAGUUACACCACUAAAAAGAACUAAAAAAAAAUAUUUACAGUAGCAGCAACAACAAAAACGCCAGCAACAAGCACCCUUUGCACCUCACUCUACAUAGGAAUUAAAUAAAAA